AUAUUGCGCAAGAUUGUCAUAUAAUAAUUUAAAUAUGUUUUCGAUACUAAACUAGUUAAAAGUUGUGUUAAAAGUCGUGCACAUUCAACCAAUCACAAGCUCGCUUCUUGUUUGCUCGCGGAUGGAUUUUUGCUUUGGGCUAUAUAAUAGCCUGUGGCGUCUCAUAGCAGUCAUCAGUUAACAAGUGGAAGGCCACCAGGCCGGUCUUGAAUAAUCAGCAGCGGUGGCUGAUUCCAGCGGCCAACUGAGCUGCAGCAGAACCAGAGCGGUGGUAUCAGGCAGCAGCGGCGGAGGUAGUGGGCAGCUGCAUUUCUUCAUUCAGUUCGGUUCUCCUUCGAUCUGAGUUGGACCCCACCAGCGGUAAUCCAAUUCAGAUAUCGUUGGGUGAAAACAGCCAGAAACUGCACGAGCCAGCACCGCCACUAGGAAAGCUACCGCCAUUUAGUGUGUGUGCAGUGUGCACAUAUAGCGUAUGUGCAUCUGUAUUGCUAUGACAUUUGCGAUGAUAGGGAUGGCGCUGUUGCGUGUGUAUGGCUAGCUAUAGCGUGUGUAGACACUAGCCUGUGUAGCAUAUUAUGGCUAUUGCGUGUAUAUCUUCAGCGUGUGUACGGAUAGUUAUAGCUUGUGUGUGGAUAGCUGCUGCGUGUGUAAUGAUUAGUUAUAGCGUAUGUAUGGAUAGUAAUAGCACAUGGUUGGAUAGCUUAUGCGUGUGUAUAGAUAGUUGUAUCAGAUGUUUGGAAAGGAAUAGCGUGUGUAUGGAUAGCUUCGGCAUGUGUGUAUAAAACACUAUAGCUACAGCGUGUGUAUGAAUAGUUUUAACGCGUGUUUAGAUAGUUAUAGCAUGUGUGUGAAUAACUAUAGCGGGUGUUUAUCGAAGAUUAUUAUUGUCAUUGAAAAUAUUAAAACGUCUUAACGAACACAUUUGUGAAUUUGAUUUUACAGCAGCGAUUUUAACUUCUUCAGCCAGUCUUUAUUCAUCGAGGAAAAAAUACUACCUAUGAAUGAUCAACACUUAUUUAAUAGAAAUUUGAUUUAGAUCAAAACGGGUUCUUUUGAGUAUCAUAAAUUAUUGGUAAAAAGAGUUGCAAGUUUUCUUAAUGAGCAUUCAUUAAAUUUUCGUUUUUGUUUCUCGGUGCGCGGUUUUGAUAUUGUUUCUCGCACACAGAGAAAGAAACAAACUUGUCGCUAUCGUGAAAAAUAACAAAACAAUUAGAAAUGCUCUGAAUCACAACUGAAGAAGUUAAGAUAUUUUCCUGUCACUCGCCCAAACCUUGAUAACAACUACCGAAAAACAUGUGAUUGAGCUCUUGCUAUAUUGAGUUAUUGAACCAAACGGUUUUUUUUUCAAAAAACAUGAAGUUAUAUGCUGGGCUGGAACUAACCUAGCAUGAGUUUUAUCGAUUUAAUGUCAAACAAUUUUCAAAUUUAAAAUUUUCGUUUGAAUCGUUCUGGGCUCCGAUUUCAGAUAGUUUCGUAAAGUUUGCUUUUUGCUUAGAUAGGAAAAUUUUACCAAUUCGCUCAAUUAAAUGAUUGUCUUGGUAGUGCAGCAAACAAAGGGUUGAUUCGAAUAUGUAUUAAAUGACAGCGAUUAAAUAAAAGAUAUCCAUUCUUUUAGUAUAUAUUAUUAUUUAUAACGUUUUAACGUCUCAGCAUUCAGAAAUGCACUGUUAGAUAAAAUUGCAGCAAAUACUAGAGUUGCAAUUCUUUCUAUUAUUUGUUUUAAAGGAAUAUAAGAAUACCGUAGUCCAACGGCAUGCGGUCGUGUCUUGAAUACCACCCUCCUACUUUUAAUUCUUCAUUAAAAAUCGAAGGACAAUGAUAUAAAAUUUUAAUAAGUCACAUUUUGCUCAGAAAAUUACACUUUUUUAGCUGAUAUAUGAAAAUCAGAAAUCUGUGAAUAGCUAAACAACCCAAUUGUUCCAACAUAUUAUUUAAGGAUAUUUCCAUUGAGUCGCUUUAAAUUAAAGAAAUACAGAUAUCAAAAAGAAAUUAUAUUCCAUAUUUAUAUGUAAACAGAAAAAUGUUGUAUUAGAAGUGAAUAUAACUAUUUUUAGGAAUAACUACAGAGAAUUUAGCCCCUCAUCCAUAGGUAUGGGUCUGGGGGUAAAACAACAUCGUAUUGAACCAGAAUGCUACGUGCUUGUGAAUUUGUUGACAAAUAAAAACGAUAACGUUAAUUUUUCGGCACUGGGUUAAAAAGUGCGCCUUUUGGGCGCGUUCGCUGCGUUUAGGAAAGUGGCCUCCAUCACGUAAUGUACAGUUCGUUAGUGUUGCUCAUUGUUGCAAGAAGUGUAGCGGCUUCCGUCGAAAGUUUGCAAUUUCCGGAGUUCCCGGUACACUAUGACAAGUACCAGAAGCAAUGUGGCAUUCCGGUGCGUUGUGAAAUGGAUACCAGUUGUCCUCGGAUAUGCGAUCGGAGUCAGGUCGAAUCUUGGGCUCAAGCGCAGGCCGCCUUGGAGGUGGAAGAAAAUUGCGCUCUCUUUGACAAACAAAGCUUUUUGAUCGGUAGCGAUGAAUUCGAUUAUGGAAUAUUUGCUACAAGUGGAUUGAACGAGGAUGAGAAAAUUGGUGUGCAGAAUACUAUCACGACAGAAAACUUCCUGCAACGUUUGAGCAGUCAAAGUAAAUGUGCGGUACGAAAUUAUCUCGAAGGAAGGUGCUAUAAUUUGAAUACCUCACUCUCAUUGGAGCAGUGUCACCAAGGGAAACUGUACAAAUGUGAUUCAGCAUACCCGUUUCGUUCAUAUAAUGGUGUAUGCAAUAAUUUAGGUUAUGCAACUUGGGGACAAGCAGGCAACCCACUGAAACUGGAAAUAGCACCAUGUUUUGACGAUUUUGUGUCAAAGCGUCGGCUUGGGUGUAACGGUCAAGCUUUGCCGAACAAUCGGCAAUUGAUGGUUGAUGUUCAACAGGCAAUGCGUCGAGACUUGGAGCCACCAUUCCACAUUUUGAACAUGUUUCAAGUAAUCUUCAGUGAAUUCGUUCAUUCAGAUUUAAUAGGUCGAGCAAUCAAAAGAUCUUGUGAAAGAACAAAAGGUUUCAGAGGGUGCAGAGCGGAUGGCACAAGCGAAAGCCGAUAUAAGUCAUCGCUAGCGUCUACGAUUCAAGUACUGUACAAUGAUUCAAACUAUGGACCACAAAACAUCGAAUGUCUAAAUUUUAGCCCAAUUGAAAAUGCUAACGAUCAAUGCAGAACUACAUAUACCACUAAACGAAAUACUGCGACAAGUUAUUUGGAUCUCUCUAUAAUCUAUAGCGACGGAAAGUAUGAUGAUUGUGGCAAGUUAAAACCCUACUACUGUCAGUCUUCCGAACAUGUUACUGAACAUAAUACGAAUUCAAUACAAUUUUCGGCUAUAGCCGGGCUUUUUACACAACUCCACAAUGAUUGUGUCGAACGAAUGCAAGCAUGUCAGCAAAAACGAUCGGUUGAUGACAUCACCGAGCGCUGCCGUUCAUUGACUAUAGCAAUCUAUCAAAAAAUAAUUUAUGAAGAACUACUGUUGGCGCUGUUUGGCGAUGAUUUUUACGAACAGUGCAAUUUCGAAUCUGAAUACGAUCCGAAUCUUGAAUCUGCGGUUUCAUCGAUGUAUAUCAAUGGACCAGGGCGUUUUCAGCAUAUAUGGAUACCGGAACAGUUAACUUAUCAGGGCAAGCAACAUCCGUUUUUCAUAUUUUUUUACGAUCUCGAACGGUUCGAAUGUAACAGUGUUAUAGAUGGUAUGUUCGAUGACCCAAUUUUCAUCAAUGGCCUGUCGGAUCAGAUGAUGAAUGUGAUUUUCUCUAAAAAUGGAGUAAGAGGACAUUGCUUAGCGUGUCUUGAUCUGGAACGUGGGCGAGAUGCGGGAGUCUGCUCUUUUUUGUCAUACAAACACUAUAUAGACGGAAUUAGGAACGCCGAUUCUCGGAAAUGUUAUAAUUCAUUUGAUGAUUUACAGGAUAUUUUUGAACCGAAACUUGUUGAAGUUCUGAGGAAGCAUUUCAGUUCUCCGUUUGAUAUUGACAUGAUGUUUGCAAUACUUGCAUAUGAUCGUCUCAAGGGUACUUUAUUACCAUCAACGGUCGCAUGGGCAACGUGCUUGGAAUUCAAACGGUUGAAAAGCAGUGAUCGAUUUUUCUAUAGCUGGAACAAAUUUCUUUCGUAUGCUGCUGAGGAAUUAAUUGCAACAAUUGACCUUAAAACGCUACUAGCACUCUAUGCAGGUAUCGAUACGGUACCUGUUUUUCCAUUUGUAACAAACUCGGAACGAGUUUCCGCGCAAGAUCUUCGUGAUGCGGUAAAAAGUAAAGAAUCGGCAUUUUGCUAUUUGUAGUAUUUUUGUUGUACUAAUCGAAACAAUAUUUUC